UUUUUAGUGAAUUGCUUGGAUAUAACGCUCUUCGUUUCUCCGGCGUUGGGGUUUGGUGGCGGAUCUCAUCGCAGAGCCGCUUCCCGAUCUCUUCCGCGCGCUUGAGGCUUCGCUCGAUCCUGAUUUCCCAUUUUGGUUCCAGGUCCUGAUCGAUCUAGGUAGGUUCUGAUGGCGUCAAAGAGAAUUUUGAAGGAAUUGAAGGACUUGCAGAAGGAUCCUCCCACCUCCUGCAGCGCAGGUCCUGUUGGGGAAGAUAUGUUCCAUUGGCAAGCUACAAUCAUGGGACCCCCUGAUAGUCCAUAUUCUGGAGGGGUGUUUUUAGUAAAUAUUCAUUUUCCACCAGACUAUCCUUUCAAGCCCCCAAAGGUUGCUUUCAAGACUAAGGUCUUUCAUCCCAACAUCAAUAGCAAUGGAAGCAUAUGCCUGGAUAUACUGAAAGAGCAAUGGAGCCCAGCCCUGACCAUAUCCAAGGUCCUGCUUUCGAUUUGCUCUCUGCUGACCGAUCCAAAUCCAGAUGACCCUCUUGUUCCGGAGAUCGCCCAAAUGUACAAGACUGACAGAGCCAAGUACGAGUCCACAGCCCGCGGCUGGACACAGAAGUAUGCCAUGGGAUGAAGAGGCUGGCCUUAUGUUUCAAACAGUUGUUUGGUGAACUUAGAACUGUUCUGUUCAACUCAUGUUGCGCGCUAUCGCUUAAAAAUAAUACUGUUAGUAACCGCAGGUGCAAGAUGUUGCUCGCAUCUGCAGACUAGUAGUUUCUAUAAUGGCUAUCUGCUAUAGCAAACAUAUAUAUCAGUGCUUCAUGGUUAUGGUUUUGGUUGUGCAGAUCCUAGUUUCUUCUUGCGCUCUUGUAUGACUUUCUUCAUGCAUCAACUGUUUAUUCAUGUAUCUAUCUUUGAAUUAAAUAUAUGAGCAUUGAACA